UUAAAACUAAAUGCAUAAAGUAUAUAACAUAAAAAUAGCAUACGAUAUUAUUAUCUCUAGAUUGAAUUACAUUCUGAUACCACUUUAAGCUUUCAAUGAUUUUCUACUGCGAGCGGCAAAGUAUUUAUAUUUGUAUAAACUCUUCCAUAGUCAAUGCCUUAAAUACAUUUAGAUUAAUGUGUGACAGGGAAUUUUAAGUACUAAUUUUACAGUUUUUCAAGAUCGGAGGAUUUGUGCCUUAAUUCCAACUUUCAAUAUUUCCAUUUAUUUAAACCUAAUUUCUGAUCAAUUAUUGAUUUCCCUUAUCUGUGAAAUUAAAAGUGAUCUUUAAAAGAAAAAACACCGCCGCUGUGAGAUAUAGGUAUUACAAUGCGGAUUUUAUUGUGUGCAUUGACUAUUCUUUAUAGGAAUGGAAAUUCUGUUUAAUUGUAAGAAUAAUUUAAAGGUAAUUCUAUAGAUGCAUUUAAUUGGCAAAGGAGAAAUUAUUUCACGUAAAUUAUGUUUAACAAAAGGAUAGCCAUUAAAACUUUAUAUGGAUAGUUAAACAAACAGAACGGGCUUUCACAAAGUUGAACAAUAACUCUAAUGACCGCCAUUCACUGCCGACAUUUAAAAAACUUUGCCAUUUUUUAUAAAAUAUAUGGAUCUAUGGUUUAUGUUAUCUGUGCUUAAAGUCGGAUGAAGUGCCACUCAUCUUUUUUAAAGUGGAAUUUUGAACACAUUUACAAGAUUUAAAUGCAUGUAGAAAGUGCUAGGGACCACUGGGUAGGUUCGCCAAGGACACUUACACCAGGUCGACCUAGGUCUGUGCGGGAGUUGUACCACCCAGCCGUGCAGGACCUCAGUGAGCAGGCAACACGAAAUGGAACAAAUAACCAAGAGGAAGCUAUACUGAGUGUAGUUAGCACGUGCACUCCACGUGGUUCCAGAUCAAGUGUAGAUUAUUAUAGCGACAAAUUUCACACCCCAACUCCGCUGAUCAGUCAGUUCAAUCCGGAGGAAGCGAUAAAGUUGUCACCUACUGCCCAGUUAUGUUUCAACAGACAUAACAAUGACUACCACGAGGAUCUGCAUCGACAGCGCGUGCUCGUUUCUGCGCACCAACGCAGGAAAUUGCAAUCGCGCAUGCGUCGUGUAAAAUCGACGCCGCCUGGGGCCAGAUAUGCUGGCAGCUCUGCAGAUUACAGAGACUCUUGGCAAGAUGAUUUCAAAGACAAACUCGAGUUGGUUGUAACAAAUAGAACAAAUGUAGAAGAAAAAGAUUUAAAAGAAAGAAUCAACUAUCGGCUGACAAAUCGGACGAAACCGAAAACCACACUGCAAGGAAAUCUCAUGUCAAACGGUCCGCCGUUAUCAAUGGUUAACGGAUACACACAAACGUUGAUUCAACACUAUCCAAAAUACUCGCAAAAAUAUAGCAGUUGGCUUACAAAUGGAUUUAAAGUCCAAAGUUUUAGGACGCACCCCCUGUCUCAAGAAUACAGUCACUCCCGUCCACCUCCGCCCUUGCUGCAGUAUAUAAAUAGACCAAAAACUGUAAGUGGUAGACUGGGUACCAGAAAGACUCUUGGAGCCUUUAAUUUCAACAUAGUUGGCACGCAAAAGAAAUGAGAUAAACAAUGCUGUGGACUUACAUAAAAGAUAAUAGUUUUACGCAACCACGGACUAUGUAAAAAGAAAAUGAAUUUAAUUUCCAAAUACAGUUGGCUAAAUUCAGGAUUUUUUUUCAUGCAGCCGUGGAAAAAGGAAAUUUGCAUUAUGAUGCCAUUUAUAUUAUUGACGACAAAAAUCGUUAUAUGCAGCCAUUGACGUUCUGUUAAAAACUUGGCUAUUUUUCAACUUUAUAGAAACAGUAUUACAUGUAUAGCAUAAUGUCAGACAUAGUGUCCAGUUAUGUUUGUUUUAACACUUAUAUUGUGAUUUUUUAAAAUGCUUGCAUUGUCAGUGUGUACAUUUGAGAUACACAUACGCAAAAAACUUGUCUGUGAUAGCAACAAAAAAAACUUCCAUGAGAUAUGACAAAAUAAAUGGCCAAGGCACAGAGUUGUAAAUGAACGAACUUAUUUUCAUUAAACAAAAGUGACACUAAAAUUAUCGGAAUAUAGCUCAUUUAUUUAUUUUGAUAAUGUAGACAGAUACAGAUGCACGUUAUUUAAACUUCUGUAAUAGUAUAACACCAAAAAUAGUAAAGAAUUUAUUUUAAAGGGUAAAUAUAAUGUGUGUGGAAGCUGACAGGUUCCAGAAACAUUUCAGUUAAAAAAACAACCAAUGUUUUUCACAUCAAAACGAGAGAAUUCUUAAAUCUUGUUUUUGAUUUUGCAGUUGUGUUCUGCCUAUUUAAAAAAUACAAAGUCAAUUUAUUCGAGAAGUGAUAAAUCUCUACAAAUACAACAUUAAGACAGUUCUGAACAUUUGAUAAACGUGAGGUAAUGGCUUAAAUAUGGAAAUGAAAAUACUUUUAUGAAUUAACGGCAACCUGUGAGUAAAUUUAUUAAAACGACAAUGUUACUAUCUAUAUGAUAUGAAAACGUUGGACAUGUUAAAUUAUUCCAAAUAAUGUCAUAAAAUCAGCUCGAAAUGUGUAAAUCUCUUUAGUAAAGGGAAAAUAUCUCAAAAACAGGUGCACAGAAAUACAUUUUAUUUCACCAUAUUAGACAAUAUGUUUCUUUACGACUGUGAGAAGUUUCAGUAAAAUCUACGUAUUGUAGAAAAAAAAUCUAUCUGCGAAAAUGACAUUAAAAUUUGUGACUUUCCCAUAGACUCCCAUUACAAAAAUUUGUUGGAGGACCAAAUCAGUCUAGGAAAAAACAUCUAGCACCAUGUUCUUGUUUGCACAAACUUUUAAGUAUUUUGAGUAUAUUCAUAUGAAGUUCUGAAAACCCGAGUUUAAUCAAUUUCUCAAUUGUAGUAAAAAAACCCAGAUCCAAACGUACAUGUCUAUCUUAAGCUGGGUACAUUCAGUAGCAUUUAGAGUGCUAAAUUUUCAUUUUUGCUCGAUCAUUAAAAAAAAAACAACGGAGUAUUAUGAAUUUUUGCACCAGCUAUAUGCAUGUGAGCAAAGUUUCGGUAUUCCGCAUUUAAUAUAAACACAGCUAUGAUAAACUGAAUAUUUGGCAGUCUUUUUCAUAAAACAAACAGAUUUUCAUGAAACUUUGUCAGAUGAUAAUACCUGUACUAACAAAAAGGCCAGCAUAUUUUCAGCGGUAAAACUGCAUUAUUUUUACAGGAAUUUGAACUUUAGGCUAUUUGAAAUCGUAGACUAAAUUUCAGACUUGGAAAACUGAUUAUUCUGGGCCUACAUUUUAUAUAAUAUACAUUUUGCCCACUUUUGUACGAGUUCUCAUGCAACUUGUACCAUUUUCAAGAGACAUGUAUAAGCAUGAAAAAUGGCAAAUUUUAGAGAAAGUAAAUUAAGCAUUAGUUUUAAUUUAAAUUUAACCAGUAAAUAGCACAACUUUGCAGCUGUAAAUAAUAUGAAUUACAUUAAAAUUACCUACAUAAUCAUCACUACCAUCAUCUAAAUGGACAUGGUUUGUUUGUCUUCAACAUCACUGUUAUCAUCAUCAUUGUCAUCAUAUUAGAUAAGAUUUUAAUCAUCUGAGACAUCAUCAUCAUUAUUAUCAUCAUCAUCAAGAACAACAAUUUUAAUUUUGAAGCUUGUGAUCAAAAGAUUGUUGUAUCUUUACUCCGGAAACAUUGUCAUGUAUGUAAAUAAUACAUAUAUUUAUAAAUAAAAUCAAGGAUACAAUU